AUGCUGAGUGUGGGGAAUUUUUGUUGUCAUUGUUACGGACCGAUUGUACUCUCUCUCUCUCUCUCUCUCUCUCUCUCUCUCUCUCUCUCUCUCUCUCUCUCUCUCUCUCUCUCUCUCUCUCUUUGUGUUUCUCCCAAUAAUCUUUCGCGAGUUUCUUUUAAUCUUUCUUUAUUCCGUUUGGCACCUCUCUCUCUCUCUCUCUCUCUCUCUCUCUCUCUCUCUCUCUCUCUCUCUCUCUCUCUCCUUGCAUUCCGGAAGCUUUUAUUCUUUGUGUUCAUAUAUCUACCUCAAUUUCACCUACACACACACACACACACACACACACACACACACACAUACACGCACAGUCAUGCUUUUUUUUUUUUCCCUCCCUCAGUUUCCUUUUCCGCAUUUUAUUUUAUUUUUAUUUUUAUUGUUCUCUCGCCUUUCUUUAUUUUCUUCAGUCAUCAUUUUCCUACUUUAAUUCGCUUUCUGUAUUUCUUUUUAUGCUACUUCCCUUUUCUCUUAUUCAUCACUAUCUAUUUAUCAUUCCUCCUUUAUCACCAUCUAUAUAUCUAUUCCCAAAAAUUACUUCUCAGUUUUUUUCGUUUUCUCUUCUACUUCUCUCUUGUAAUUCCUCUCUUCAUCAUUAUUCAUUUUGUUGCUAGUUUUUUUUUUCAUUUUCUCCUCUACUUUUCUCUUUUAUUUCCUCUCUUCAUCAUUAUUCAUUUUCUGUUGCUAGUUUUUUUUCAUUUUCUCUUCUACUUUUCUCUUUUAUUUCCUCUCUUCAUCAUUAUUCAUUUUCUGUUGCUAUUUUUUUUCAUUUUCUCUUCUACUUUUCUCUUUUAUUUCCUCUCUUCAUCAUUAUUCAUUUUCUGUUGCUAUUUUUUUUCAUUUUCUCUUCUACUUUUCUCUUUUAUUUCCUCUCUUCAUCAUUAUUCAUUUUCUGUUGCUAGUUUUUUUUUCAUUUUCUCUUCUACUUCUCUCUUGUAAUUCCUCUCUUCAUCAUUAUUCAUUUUCUGUUGCUAGUUUUUUUUUUCAUUUUCUCUUCUACUUCUCUCUUGUAAUUCCUCUCUUCAUCAUUAUUCAUUUUGUUGCUAGUUUUUUUUUCAUUUUCUCUUCUACUUUUCUCUUGUAAUUCCUCUCUUCAUCAUUAUUCAUUUUGUUGCUAGUUUUUUUUUCAUUUUCUCUUCUACUUUUCUCUUGUAAUUCCUCUCUUCAUCAUUAUUCAUUUUCUGUUGCUAGUUUUUUUUUCAUUUUCUCUUCUACUUUUCUCUUUUAUUUCCUCUCUUCAUCUUUAUUCAUUUUCUGUUGCUAGUUUUUUUUCAUUUUCUCUUCUACUUCUCUCUUGUAAUUCCUCUCUUCAUCAUUAUUCAUUUUCUGUUGCUACUUUUUUUUUCAUUUUCUCUUCUACUUUUCUCUUUUAUUUCCUCUCUUCAUCUUUAUUCAUUUUCCGUUGCUAGUCUUAUCUAUAUAUUUUCUCUCCUCCACGCUUUCUACUCCUUUUCUAUAAUUUCCUCAACGCUCAUAUUUACUCAAGCUUACAUUAGUUUAACUCUAUGCAAUCUUUUUUUUCUUUCUUUAUAUUUGCUAGUCCACGCAUCAUCACCUCCUCUGAACUCUUCCUUUCCUGGUCAUAUUUAUCCCUUUUUUUUAUAACUUUUUACAUUUGCUAGUUUCUUUCAUUUGUAUCAGCUAUUAAUCAUUCUAUUACUUCUCCUUCUUUCUCUUUGCUAAUAGUUUCUUUCAUCCUCUUUCAUUACCUGUUAUCACCUGUUACUUCUCUGUCUCUCCCUUUGCUAAUAGUUUCUUUCAUCAUCUUUCAUUACCUACCUAUUAUUCAUUCUAUUACUUCUCCUUCUUUCUCUUUGCUAAUAGUUUCUUUCAUCCUCUUUCAUUACCUGUUAUCACCUGUUACUUCUCUGUCUCUCUCUUUGCUAAUAGUUUCUUCCAUCACCUAUUAAUCAUUCUAUUAUUUCUCCUUCUUUCUCUUUGCUAAUAGUUUCUUUCAUCCUCUUUCAUAACCUGUUACUUCUCUUUCUUUCUCUUUGCCAAUAGUUUCUUUCAUCCUCUUUCAUUACCUGUUAUCACCUGUUACUUCUCUUUCUCUCUCUUUGCUAAUAGUUUCUUCCAUCACCUAUUAAUCAUUCUAUUAUUUCUCCUUCUUUCUCUUUGCAAAUAGUUUCUUUCAUCCUCUUUCAUAACCUGUUACUUCUCUCUCUUUCUCUUUGCCAACACUCUACGAUUCACCAACUCUCCUUUUUUUCCUUUCUCUCUUGAUGUGUUCCUUCUAUCAACACAUUUAUCUCGACUUACUCCUAUUACUAUUACCCCUAUUCUUACUAUCCCUAUUCUAUCUCUUCUAUCAAUUUCCCAGAGCUAAUUAAUAUCCUGUCCAUUCUUUUCGUCUUCCAAAUUAACCCCAUUUUCUAUUCCUUCACAUACUCAUAACACCUAUUACUACUAUUCCUAUUCUAUUACUAUUACGAUCCUAUUUUCAUUCCGAGUAUUAAAAUUCUCAUUCCCUUUUCUCCUGCCCAUUCUUCACCUUCCCUUUCUCUUUCACCUCUCUCACAUACGUUCGUGGAUAGCAAGACUCACUUCCGCUCACCUGUUCGCACUCACCUGCCUGCCACGGGACUCUCCUGGGGCGCUAACGAGAUAUAUAUAUAGCCCAGGUAGAGUGAUUAUUCUUAUCAUUAUCAUUUAUUAUCAGUUAUUAUCAUUAUUGUUGUUCUUUUGUUUGGUAAGUAUUUUGCGCUUAUUCUUUCUUUCUUACUUUCACUUAAUUUUUUUUCUAUCCCACUUUCAUUUUUCUUUUCUUUUUUAUUGUUUUUUCUCUUCAUUGUUUUCUUUCUCUUCUUUCUCCUCCACUUCCCUCCAUUUUUAAAUUUUUGUCUAACUCCCUUUUCAUUUGUUACUUCCAUUAUUUAUCUUUUUUUAUCUCAAUUAUCUUUC